AUGUUUUCUAAACUUGGAAAAAACGGUGGAAGAUUAAGCAAACGCUUUGUCAGAUACAACUCCAGUAUCAACCGAAAUAACUCCAAAAACCCAUUGCUAGCUUAUACGUUUGCUGCAAUUGGGUUUCUGGGAGCAGGGUAUUUUAUUGGGAAGGCAUUGCUGAAAGAGCCUUUGCCAACAUCCUCAGACCGAUCUACUUCCCCACUAUCAACAUUGCUGUCCCCACAAUAUGCCAAUGAAAAAGAUUUCGAAGCUGGAUUAUUGAAAAUUGUUGAAAUUGUUGGUCACGAAAAUGCAUCUUUUGAUAAAGAUGUUUUAUUGGCACAAAACGAUUCCUUUUAUUCCACUCACCAUCCCCCAAAUCCUGAUGUUCAAAAACCCAGUGCUGUAAUUUAUCCAACUUCCACUGAACAGGUAUCAGAAAUUAUGAAAGUUGCCCACCAAUACCGAAUUCCUAUUGUGGCCAAUUCUGGAUUAACUUCCUUAGAAGGUCAAAAUAUCCAUACUAGGGGCCCUUAUAGUAUUUCAUUAUCAUUCCAAAAUAUGAAUCAAAUUGUGGCGUUCCAUCCUGAUGACUUGGACAUUGUUGUUCAGCCGGGUGUUGGUUGGCAAGAAUUGGAUGAUUUUUUGUUGGGUGAUCCAAAGGGGAAAAAUUUGAAAUUUGGUCCGGAUCCUGGAAUAGGAGCUAACAUUGGUGGUAUGGUAGGCACUAGUGCUUCAGGUACUAAUGCUUUUAAAUAUGGUACUAUGAAAGAAAAUGUCGUCAAUUUAACAGUUGUGUUGGCUGAUGGAACCAUUAUCAAGACGAGACAAAGGCCGAGAAAAUCAAGUGCUGGCUAUCAUUUAACAAGAUUAUUCAUUGGAAGCGAAGGUACCUUGGGUAUUGUGACUGAAAUCACCCUCAAAUUGCAUGUUCGUCCUAGAUACGAGUUUAUCACUGUAGCUGCGUUCCCGUCGAUCAAAGAUGCGGCUUCAGCUGCUGAAACCAUUAUUGCUCAAGGGAUUCAACCCAAUGCUAUGGAAAUUUUGAAUGAGACAAUGAUGUCAUUUGUUAAUGAAACUUCAGAUGGGGAUAAGCAAAACUUGGAAACACCAACUUUGUUUUUCAAGUUGGGUGGGCCAACAUUAGAAUCAACUGAAGAGCAGGCGAAUUUGGUUGAUGAGAUUGCCAAAAAGAAUAACGUCAUGAAGUUACAACGAAGCACUAAUGAUGAAGAAAACGCUGAGCUUUGGGCUGCUAGAAGAAAUGGGCUUUGGUCUACUUUUCAAUAUGGAUCAAAAGUUUUAAAAGACAAAGACGAUGUCCAGGUUUGGACCACUGAUGUUGCCGUACCAAUUUCGAAAUUGUCGCUUGUAAUUUCCGAGAUCAAUGAUUAUUUGAUAGAAAAGGGGUUCAAGGAUAGGUUUUCUGUAAUGGGGCAUAUCGGAGAUGGGAACUGCCAUUUCAUUAUUUUGUACAAUUCUCCAGAUUAUGAUAAAGUGCAUCAUGUCGUUGAUCAUAUGGUUGAACGCGCUUUGAGCCACGAUGGAACAUGCACUGGAGAGCAUGGUGUUGGUGUUGGAAAACGGAAAUAUUUGCCACUAGAGUUGGGUGUCGAAGCAAUUGACACUAUGAGACAAAUCAAACUUGCAUUAGACCCACGUCGUAUUUUGAAUCCUGACAAAAUCUUCAAAAUUGAUCCAGAAGAAAAUUUGGAUGAACAGUUGGAUCAAGGAUCGGUUAAAGUGAAACCCAAUUGCAUGCAUAACCAUUAG